AUGGGCGCUGCUGGAUAUUGCACCUCCGGCGAUUCUCCUGGCUUCAUCACUCUAAAUGGGACAAUUAGCCGAGCACAACUCGAUACUGCACUCGCUUCGAGCGCCAAAUCUGACUCUCUACAGGAACAUAUCACAUUUCCAGCUAGCGGUACUGGAGCCAUUGCGCCAGGGCAGGAUGUGAAUGUUUUCAUGGUCGGGUUGACAGCCGACGGCACCAGCUUGGGCACAGCUACAAAAGUGACCUUGCCAGCUGACCCAGGUGAGGCUGGUUCAUAG